AUGUUCACGUUGGGAAUGAAGGAGUCCCAUCAGCCAUCUGUGACCCUGCCCUUCCUGUUGGCCUCAGAGCUGGAAGCCCUAAUUGACUGUUCCUACAGCGGCGCUCUUCCUCUCAGCUGGAGGUGUGUCUUUGAGCUCACCAGCACUGCUCUCCAGCUCCAGUACCAGCCUGCCCUCUCCUUGUGCGUCAACUUCCUGCACCAAGAAAUAACCCCUGACUCUUGCCUGGAUGUCAUUUCCUUUGCUGAGGCCUAUGGGAUGACACAGCUUAUGGAAGUUGCUGAAGAUUUUGUCUUGCGGCAAUUCCAAAAGGUGGCAUGCACCUCAAAGUUCAAGGACCUGCCAGCCAGACAGCUUCUGAAGUACCUGAACAGUUUCUCAUUAUGUGUUCCAUCUGAGCUUGUUGUAUUCAAAGCAGUAGCAGCCUGGAUCCAAGCAAAGCCUCGCAUCAGAUAUAGACUAGCCAAAGACCUCAUGAAAACCAUCCACUUUCCCCUGAUGACAUUCAAGGAAUUCAAAGAGGUCCAGUCUCAGAACAUGUGGUCUGAUCACAACUUGUCAGAGCUGUAUGAAGCCAUCUUUGAAGAUUUCUGCUCCAAUGAACCUGCAACGCAGAAUAAAUGCCGCAUCUAUCUGCCGAAAGAGAGUCUGGUCUUGAUUGGAGGCGACCAAAUCACUGAAGACCUGAUGAGACGCAACAUCAGCAGAGAGCUCUGGUUCGGGAAUUCCUUGAGGAACCAUACAGGGGUGAAAAAGGCCAUGGAGUGGAGAAAGCUGGGAGAGAUGCCAGAGCCAGAGAGGUUUAGUCAUGAAGUGGCUGUCCUCAAAGGUCAACUUUAUGUGUUUGGAGGCAAAAUGUAUUAUGGCAUCCAUGAUACCCUGAAUUCUGUUUACAGGUAUGAUCCUCUUCAAAACAGCUGGGAGAGCCUGGCUGAUAUGCAGGAGAAGAGGUGUUCUUUCUCUGCAGUUGUACUGCAUGGAAAUAUAUAUGCCAUCGGUGGACACUGCCACCGUGACUGCAUAGACAGUGUUGAACGAUACUGCCCCACUACAAACACUUGGAGAUUCACCUGCCCCUUGGAUCUGCCUCUGAGCGGGCAUGUCGCGAAGGUUGCACAAGGCCGGAUCUUCAUCUCAGGAGGGCAAAACAGUGACUACCUGUGUCUUGCAUCCAUGUUUCUGUACCACCCAGAGACAGGAAGCACCUAUCUGGCAAACAUGCCCAAACCUCGAGCUCAUCACUGCAUGGAGACCCUGGGCGAACGUCUUUACGUAGCAGGUGGAGUCACGACAGAUGAAAACAUGGCUGUUGUUGACCAGCUAUCUUGUGAAAUGUACAGUCCAGCAGAAGACUCCUGGACUGCUUUUACAUCUCUACCAGUGCCUCACGUCGGAGCGGCAAGUGCAGUUUUGGAGGGAAAGUUGUACGUGCUGGGCGGAUACAGCCAGGAGGACUUCAGUGACACUAAGAUGGUCCAUCGGUACGAUAGUGCCACAUGGAGAUGGGAGAACAUGGGAAAGAUGCCUGGGCCAAACAGUGACAUAAGAGCAUCUGUGCUGUGUUUGCCCCAACAUUUCCGAAUGUAACACAACAAAUAUCUUUAUGCUAUUAUUGUCAGUUUAUACUAGCUUUUAUGUUGCUGGAUUUCAGGUUGUUUAUUGCAUGGUAAACAGUGAGCAUUAUUCCAUUAUAUUCUCACUAUAACUUGCUAUCUUAAUGAAAUGUAUUUUACACAGUGUAUGAACUCAGGCAUGCCGACUUCCAUUUAUCAAACAUGGUGCAUUUUUGGUGCUAUAAUGUCAAUUCUUGACUGUAUUCAGAAGGUGCUGAAAAAAUGGUUAAUGUCUUAGGAUUUUAUAACAAAGCAAAGAAGCAAAAAAUCAUGCUUACUUCCAUUACUGCAAUAACAAGCUAUGAUCACAAGAAGGAGCUGUUUCCUCUUGCCUUCAUAGUUGCCAUACUUUGCCGAAGUCAUGAAUAUAGUUAAUGUUUUGCAUUUAUUGCUCUGAAGUAUGAUCACAGGUUUAUAUUUUUAUUAAAAUUUGUUUGAAAAUGAACAGGAAAACACACGCAUUGGGUUGUUUAUCAGUUUUCUUGCUAUUGCUGAUUAUUUUUUUGUCCUUUUCGUGCAUGAAUUUAAAAACAAAUUUAUGUCAUUAUCCUGUCUCAAACUUAAACAUGUCGAAUUAGAUUUUUUUCACCAUCUAUUCCUGUGAGUAAGAUAUACAGCUGUCUACUGUGGUAGACACCAUGCAUCAAUGGUUUAAAAUGGACUUUGAGGCAAGAUACUAAAUGGAAAUAGGAUUUCAGAUAUUUUAUGUAUAAAUAAAAAGAGGUAUUAUCUGAUUCAAUACAAACACAGUGUAUUAGAUGGAUAUUUUAUUUAGGCAAUUGUGAAGGUAACAAUAGUCAAGAUGAGAUUAUUGCUGAAUUUUCACAUCAAUAUGCAUCAGGCUGUAAGUAAAACACAUACCCCUAAUGUUCCUUAUAUUGAUAGAACCACAAUGUAAAUAGACUGUGUUUGAUCAUCUACAGAGGAAAGAGAAGAAAACCACUGAAGGUCGUGCGGCCAUUCAGGUUGUCGAACACCCUGCCACCAUCCCACAGUUCCAUGUGCACAUUAUCACCGGCGGCCAGCUGCAGAACAGCUGUGUUACUGCUGCUGUCAGAGCCGUCUGCCGCGGGGCUCUCAUAGGUCGAAAUUUGAUGGAUGCUAUUCUUCAUCAGCAUUGCCCCCACUGUGUGCGUAUUGUAGCCAUAAGUGCUGAAGCUGAAGUAGUAGAGACCGUUCACUGGUGCAGUGAAGAUUCCUGCAACGAGAUAGAGUAAAGAAGCAGAUUUUACUUUUAAUUCUCUAUUUAUAUACUCUAUAUAGAAUAAAGAAUAUUCUAUUCUGUUUUAUUCCUUUUAUUGAUUGCAAAUUCAGAUUUCAAACUCUAUCAUAAGAGUUUGACUCAAUGAAACAAUGUUUUAUGUUUGGCUGUAAAAAUGCUUCGGCAGAGCAGAGCUGUGGACAUGGAAAGCCAAAAGAAUGAUCCAAAACAGACUGAAAAUUGAAGGUUUUUGUCACUGAGAGUAACAGAUUUCACAAUAUACUUACACAUUUGAUCCAUUGUUAAUUUAAAAAUGUCAAUUAAUGUGAACCCUGCUUAGCUAUGCAAUCAGCGCUGGAAAAGCUAUUGUGAUCUGAGUCACAUAGUGCCAGUAAAUUCUUCAACGUUGCUUGAUCUUGUUUGAAAUACCAGAAGCAGACGCUUGAGUUCUACAGCCUCAGGACAUUUAGUGUUCUCAGGUAGACGCCAGUUUAUUUAGAAAGACAAAAAAAUGCUUCAAAAUCAUUGAGUGACAGUAUUAGAUUUCUGUGAGAAACUCUUGGAAACAAACAAGAAUGGUC